GAUCUGGACGGUGAUGACAUAAUGAUUCUGGAUACGUUUGACACCAUAUUCGUUUGGGUUGGAGCGCAAGCGAAUCGAACUGAGAAACAGAACGCGAGACACAUUGCAAAUGUAACUAUUGCACUUUCACCUAAUUCUGUUCAUUGCUAG